UAGAAUUGAAGUACGUGGCUGGAUCCAUCAAUAUAUAUAAUAUUAAAGUUGGCAGCAGAUCGGAUCGGAGUUAGAAUUGAAAUAGUAUAUGAAGCCUAUGAUGAUGAGGAGUUUCGAUGGUUCAAUUCAUGCAGUUUUGGGAGUGUGGUUCAUACUGCUAAUUUGCAGUUGCCUGCUGCACCUUACUGCAACAACAUCUGCUCAUCGCGGUCCGAGAAUCAACGACGACGGAUCAUCGUCAUCCUCAUCGGGUUUACCACGGCCGGUGAUGGUAACGGAAAGGGGCCUUCUCGCAAAUGAGCUCGCUCUCAGACCCCAGAUGGGAUGGAGCACCUGGAAUCAUUUCCAUUGCAAUAUAGAUGAAAACCUUCUUCGAGAAACCGCUGAUGCAAUGGUCUCAACUGGGCUUGCUUCCUUGGGAUAUCAAUAUAUCAAUAUCGAUGAUUGUUGGGCCGAGCAAAAUAGAGACGACCAGGGAAACUUGGUUCCAAAAGCCACUUCAUUUCCUUCUGGAAUCACAUCGUUAGCAGAUUAUGUUCACCAAAGAGGGUUGAAGCUUGGGAUUUACUCUGAUGCUGGCACACAGACAUGCAGUAAUACUAUGCCUGGAUCAUUGGGAUAUGAAGAACAAGAUGCCAGAACGUUUGCCUCAUGGGGAAUCGACUACCUUAAAUAUGACAAUUGUAACAACAAUAAAGAAGAUGUUAAGGGAAGGUACUAUAAAAUGAAGGAGGCGUUGCUUAACUCAGGAAGGAACGUCUUUUUUUCUAUGUGUGAAUGGGGACAAGAAGAUGUUGCCACUUGGGGACAGUCUGCAGGCAAUAGUUGGAGAACGAGCGGAGACAUUGAAGACAAAUGGGAAAGUAUGACUUCAAAUGCUGAUCAAAAUGACCAUUGGGCAUCUUAUGCAUACCCGGGUGGAUGGAAUGAUCCUGAUAUUUUGGAAGUUGGAAACGGCGGCAUGACUUACUCUGAAUACCGCUCUCAUUUCAGCAUUUGGGCACUGGCCAAAGCUCCUUUGGUGAUUGGUUGCGAUAUCCGAUCCUUGGACAACUCCUCCUACGAAAUCCUUAGCAAUAAAGAGGUGAUUGAUGUUAAUCAAGAUGGACUCGGUCAUCAAGGGACAAAAGUUAAACAAGACGGAGAUUUGGAGGUUUGGGCAGGGCCAUUGAGUGGGAACAGAGUGGUUGUGGUGCUGUGGAAUAGAGGAUCAACAGAGGCAACCAUCACCGCUUACUGGUCGGAUAUUGGCCUCAACACAUCCAACAUUGUCCAUGCACGUGACCUCUGGGCGCAUAGAGGGGUGAAAUCAGUCAAAGGACAAAUUUCAGCUAGUGUUCCUACACAUGAUUGCAAAAUGUAUGUGCUUACUCCAACUUCAAACCGCAAGAACCAAAAGGCUCCAAUAGGUUUGCUUGUGUGACCAAUAUUAGUAAUUAAUAUAGUGUCCAAAAAAUUGUAAACGGGUUGUCAUCUUUUUGUCAGUUUUACCUUUCUAUUUUGCGAGUAAAUUGUGUUGUUACCUUAACUCUAUGUAUCUAGUAUAAUUAAUAUUAGUGAAUUUUGCGAGUAAA